AUGCGUCUUCUAAGUCUUCAGGAUGGUAGACUCAGCCUUACCAAAUUCAACAAGCAUAUCCCUUCAUAUGCUAUUCUUUCUCAUACCUGGGGCGCAGCUGAGGAUGAGGUGACAUUUGAAGAUGUUAGUCGGAAUGAAGCAAGGAACAAAAAAGGAUACGACAAGAUCAAAUUUUGUGCAGAGCAAGCCGCCAUCCACAACCUCGAGUUCUUCUGGGUCGAUACAUGUUGUAUCAACAAGACUGACGUGCAGGAAUUUCAAAACGCCAUCAACUCAAUGUAUCGUUGGUAUCAAAAUGCGAAAGUGUGUUUUGUGUAUAUGGCCGAUCUUAGCACAGAGGGAACCCGUCAGACACACCAAGAUUCUGCUUGGAAAGUACGUUUCCGACAAAAUCGAUGGUUCACUCGGAGCUGGACACUGCAAGAGCUGCUUGCUCCGCGCGAAAUUAAGUUCUAUUCCAACGAUAAUCAAUUCAUUGGCGACAAGGGAUCCCUGGUACAAGAGUUGGAAGCCAUCACGAGAAUUCCAGCCUCUACUCUCCUUGGCGCUGACUCGGCUCCGUUUAGUCUGGAAGAGUGCAUUUUUUGGGCUGGGGACCGUGAGAGCACGUACGAAGAGGACAAAGCCUACUCUUUGCUAGGCCUGUGCGGCGUUUCAUUGGCACCUAAUUACGGUGAAGGGGUUGAAGAUGCAUUCGAACGUCUCCGUAAAAGGUGUCACAAAAAGCGCAACAAGCAGGGAACAAUACAGGUCUAUGAAUCAGGUGGAAAGGACAAUUGGCAUUACGACAGCCAAGCUCACGAGGCUCUUCAGCUAUCAAGAGUCGCCGAAAUCUCCCCCUUUGCGCAAAGUCACCCGAACAAUUUCGAAGAAACGGAAACGGGACCACUGAACAAGACAACGAGACGACUUGUCGAUAUAAAGCGCGAUAUGGAAAGGGCCAGUCAGCAGCGAGACGAAGAGAACAUGAGGGAGAUCGAAAGAGAGCGGGAGCAGAAGACGCGUGAGAUCAAUAUGAUUCAGAAGCAACAGAUGGACUGGAAAGUCCGAAACGAGGAACUGCACAAACAGGUGUACGGCGAUAUGGAGAAGCGGAUGCAGAAGCAGGCAGAGGAACAUCAAGCUGAAAUAAGCCGGCUACAGGAGCGGAUGGAGGCAAUGUCGGCAAGUACCUCAAGUCCGGCAUCCAACUCCGUUGCACUAGUGACGCAGCCGCGAGAGGAAGAAGACAGUUCCGAAUCUUCCGGAUCCUCCUCCGACUCACAAGCAGAGCAGCGCCGACGAGAAGAUCGACGGCGACGAGAACAGCAACAGCAACAGCUACGACAAGAAUUGGAUUACCGAAUUGCCAUCGAACUUGAUUAUCAAAGACGCUUCAAUGACCCGUACUUCUUGGAGGCUAGAAUGGCGCCCGUCCGUUGGAAUCGAGGACCUUGCAAUGACCCAUUUUGUGAUAUAUGCAGGUUUUAG